UCCGUUGCAAAUUCCUCAUCCCGUAGGCCGUAGCCAGCAAACAAGAUCGACGAGAUGAUGCAUCCGUUUCGUGCCCCGGCAGCCGCCGCGGUGCUCUGCUCAACCACGCUGCUGCUAGCUGCCGUCCUCGCCACCGACGCCACCAUAAACACCACCACGCCGUCGUUGCCGUCCUCGUCGUCCUCGCCCUGCGCCCCGGCGACGUGCGGGGGCCUGCGCAUCGAGUACCCAUUCUGGCUCGGCGGCACGCACCCGCCAGAGUGCGGCUACCGGGCCUUCCAGGUCACGUGCGACGGCAACGGCACGGCCUUCCUCGAGAACUCAUUCUGGAAGUACCAGAUCCUGGACAUCUCUUACGACGACAGCACCUUCAGGCUCGCCAACCACGAUCUCUCCGACGGCACCUGCGACGUCGAGGUCCGCGUGAACGCCACCUCCGACCUCGGCCUCGCGCCCUUUGCCAUCAGCCGGACCAACCAGAGGCUCUACUUCCUCUACAACUGCACCGACCUCCGGGCGCGGCCGCCGCCCCGUUCGUGGGCGCCCGUGAACUGCACCAAGGGGUCCAACGUGUCCACCUUCAACUCCUUCGCGUUGCUCGCCGGCGGGUACAGGCCCGUGCCGGGGAACUGCAGGGUGUCGAUGAUGCCCGUGCUGGGGUACCCGGGGGCGGCCGGGAAGGACUACCGGCAGCUGAUGAAGGGCGGGUUUCUUCUGGACUACGCGGCCGACGACUGCGCGGCGUGCAAGGAGAGCGGUGGACGUUGCCGGAUUGACACCGACUAUGAUAUCUUCCAGUGCCACUGCUCCGACGGCGUGGCCGACCUCAUCGUUUGCGGGUCCAGAAUAGAUACACGGCGUGCCUCUUUGUCGAUGACGUACAAGAUGUAUCGACCGAUGGAUUCAUAUGGAAGAUAAAUCAGCCUACCCUUUUUUGCCCUUCGUCGAUGUGUGGGUUGACAUGAUAAUAUUGGUUCCUAAAUUUUUUUCCUCUCCUUUCCCGUUGGAUUAUACUGUGCCAAUCCAUAAAGGCUUGCGACUACGGUACAAGUAAGAAAUCGAGUUUUCAAGAAAGCAACACGUCCACUCGGCUGAAGCAUUAUUUCGUCUUAUGGAUUUGAUGUCCGUUUUCCAAAGUGUUAGCAGUUUUAGGCUUCUUGCCAACAGUACUCCUCUUCCAUCUCCCAGUGAUCUUGUCCGGUUUGAUUGGAUUGAAUUGGCUCCAAAAUAGGUUGCAAAUGAAUCUUAUGGAAAAUGUUCUAAGGACUCUAAUAUUCUGAAUCAAACAAUCAAGAAGAAAAACCUUUUCCCAGCUGCUGGGAAACCUUUUGUCCCCGCUGCUUCCUUCAACAACA